ACAAUUUUUAUUGCCAUUAAUUGUAGUAGGAAAAAAUAUAUGGGGUCUGAGGCAAAUCCAAAUAGUGGAGGUGAUGUACCUACUAUUGUUACCAGGGUCCCUAAGCAUUGGCAAAGGUUGGUGACUUUGCCUAGUGAGUUUGCUGCAAAGGUACAAGAGAUGAUUUUGCAGCUGAAGAAAGUGGGAAAAGAUGAUCCCAGAAGGGUGAUUCAUUCUUUGAAAGUAGCACUUGCCAUUACCAUAGUUUCCGCGUUUUACUAUUUAAACCCUCUCUAUGAUGGCUUUGGUUCGUCUGGAAUAUGGGCUGUUUUCACUGUCGUCUUUGUCUCAGAAUUCUCAGUAGGAGCAACGUUGGGAAAAGGUGUAAAUAGAGGUAUCGCAACGCUUUCGGGUAGUGCUCUUGGGCUUGGAUGUUACUACAUGGUUUGUCUAAUUUCAAGAGGAGAUCACACUACAGUGGAACCUGUACUUCUUGGAGUCAUAACUUUUCUAUCAAGUGCAGGAGCCACAUAUCUUCGUUUUUUACCUCAAUUGAAGGUUAGGUAUGAUUAUGGGUUGCUGAUCUUUAUCUUGACAUUCAGUUUUGUAUCCUUAUCAAGCUACAGAGAAUCCAACAUACAAGAGAUUGUAAAGAAAAGGAUAAUCACAAUCCUCACAGGUUGUUUAAUCUCUGUUUCGGUCUGCAUUUUUGUGUGCCCAAUUUGGGCUGGUGGUGAUCUUCACAAUCUAGUAUCAAAAAAUAUUGAAAAACUUGGGAACUUUAUUGAAGGAUUUGGAAAGGAGUAUUUCACCACAUCAGAGGUUGGAGAAUCAAAUAUUAAAUCCUAUAUGCAAGGAUAUAAGAGUGUACUUGAUUCAAAACAAGUUGAACAAAACUUGGCUAACUUAGCAAAGUGGGAGCCCUGCCAUGGUCGAUUCAGAUUUCAUCAUCCUUGGCAACAAUAUCUGAAGAUUGGAAACCUGACAAGGCAAUGUGCAUUCCGUAUUGAUGCCCUCAAUGGCUUCCUUAAUUCUACAAUGGCACCAUUGGAAAUCAGAAGCAAAAUACAAGAUCCAUGCAUGAAGAUGAGCACAGAAUUAGGAAUGGCUUUAAAGGAACUAGCAGUUUCAAUCCAAAAAAUGAUUCCACCAUGCGCCGCAGAACCUCACAUUGCAAUUUCUAAGAUUGCUGCAGCGAAACUCAGGUCCAUGAUCCAAACAGGAUUGUGGGAAGGUACCAAUCUAUUUGAGGUUGUUCCAGUUGUGACUAUGGCUUCCCUGUUGCUUGAUGUGGUUUCUUGCACUGAGAGACUCGCUGAGUCAAUACAAGAACUAUCUAGCUUAGCAAAAUUUAAGCAUAAGGAAAGUAAAAUUGCAGCAGAGAACUCAGAGAAUCCUCAUGAUCAAGAGGAAGCUCCACAAUCAGCUUCUUGUGACAACAGGGGUCCUCAUCAUGUUAUUGCAAUCAAUCAACCUUGUACGAACUUGUCACAUGAUGGGAAAUCCCAAUUGCUUAGGAGUUAGG